GUGAAACCAGACGGUGAAGGCUCGGCACCGGUGCUAGUGACCCAUAAUGACGGCCUGGUAUCAAUGUCAUUUGACUGGCUCUCCAAGCAACUCUACUAUGUUGACAAUAUCAGAAAUAGCCUGGAGGUCGUCAAAAUAUCGGAGCAGGGCCUUGUUCAUCCAGACCAAUUAAUUCAUCGCCAACUUCUUAAUGGCCUACGUGAUCCGGUUGCUGUUGCCGUUCAUCCGUGGCGUGGAAUUUUGUUUUUCGCAGAAGCACAAAGACCUGCGAAAAUAUAUCGAUGCAAUAUUGAUGCGAGCGGUUGCCAAAUUAUUCGUAACAGCACUCUAGGACGACCAUCUAGUUUCGCAAUCGAUUUUGCCGAGAAUCGCCUUUGCUAUGGGGAUACACUGUUGCGUACGAUCAGCUGCAUGAAUUUUGAUGGUACCAACCCAUAUGUUCUUCCAGUGGAUAGUCCGAUACCGGUCGCUAUUGCAAUACUGGGAGAUGAAUUAUUUUAUGUGCACCAAAGGCCGUAUUCGAUACGACGAGUGAGCAAACGGAACGGUGGCACAGGAAGAAUCGUUCGGGAAUUUACCGGCGAGGAGAGAAGUGUUUUCUCACUGAAGGCCUGUGCUCCAGCGAACCAACCGAUACCGGAUCCAUCAGUCGAGCAUCCAUGCCACGCAAGCGACUGCCCACAGCUUUGCUUCGCGCUGCCCAAUACUUCUUCUUCGUCCGAAGCACAACCGCUCACUAAACGAUGCGGAUGUCGACAAGGUAAGACAAUCACGGGCAAUAUUACUACGGGAAAAGAGAAGAAGGAGAACUGGGAAGUAAUCGUGAGAAAGGAGCAAAAGCGUUGCCUCUUCAGAGAAUUCUAUACCAUUUUUCUCCCAUUUUUAUUGUAA